AUGGCACCUAAACGCCCACACGACCGUGAUGCCGCCGAGUCGGCGCCCAAAAAGCAUCGGUCUGGUUUCAAGGUCGGGCCUGAUAACUUACCAGACGGGAUUCAUAGAAGAAAAGUGAUAAAAAUCAAAAAGGACUUAAUACACAAGGCGAAAGUCAAGAAGUCCUACGCCAAACUCCUUGCUCAAGAACCUCCAACCGCCUCGACAAUACCAGAACCCCAUCCCGAACCUGCCUCUCAAGAACUCCACCCAUCUCGGCAAGCCAUGCUCGCCGCGCCACAAGAAACGACUCCUCCGCCAUCGAGCGCCCAACAUCCACCGCGCGAGCGACGUCAGCGCAAACCAAGAUAUUUCGAGAAAGAAGAAGCAUAUGCUGCGCAACGCAAAGCGGAAGCAGAAGCGAAAAGAGAGGAAUACGAAAGGCGAGAAAAGGAGAAGCGAGAAAAGAUUGAGGAAAGAGAUAGGUUUAGAAAAGCAAUGGCGAAAGCUAGGACCGGAGGUAAAAACGGGCAGCGGAAACUUGGACGGGAAAGUAAGGUCUUACUGGAAAAGGUGAAGAGGGCUGUUGGAAGUUGA